UAGAUUCAUGAUUCCAAAAUAAACAAAUGACAAUGCAGUGAUUGAUUUCAUGAAAUAAAUAUUUAAUUUUUAUAUGUUUAAUAUACUAUAAAUUACAUCCAGUUCAUUUUUGCAGCAUAUAGUGAAAACUCAAUAAUAUUGUCAAAUAGUGAAUAACUUUUUAAUAUUGUAUUUUUCAACUGAAAGUCAAAAUGGAAUUAUUGGUUGAUGAGAAACUGGCAAAAAUAUCCGAAGUCCACGUGGUUGAUCAUUUUCUUUCAGUUUUGUGAAAGAUAUAGUUAUUUCGGGUUUAGAACUUUUCUAGUGUUAUAUCUAACAACAGUACUAAAAUUUACUGGUGACCAUUCGAUGAUCAUAUAUCAUAGUUUUAUUAGUCUAGUGUAUAUAUCUCCGUUGAUCGGAGCAAUGCUGGCAGAUUCAUUUUGGGGAAAAUUUAAAACAAUAAUUCGACUAUCAGCAAUUUAUGCCCUAGGAGGUGUUAUACUUGCCGGUGCUUCGAUGAUAGAUAUGAUUAAUAUAGAUAUUCAAAAAAUUAUUGCAGUUCUUGGGUUAUUCUUAAUAUCUAUCGGUGCUGGUGGUAUAAGACCUCUUUGUAUUACAUUUGCCGGCGAUCAAUUCAAAUUUCCCCAACAGCAGCAGCAAUUUCAACAUUAUAUUAUAAGAUACAUAUUGGCUUUAGACAUCGGUGCAUUAUUAUCGUCAAUAUUGACACCGAAAUUUAAACACGGCGUACAUUGUUUUGAGAAAAACUCGUGUUAUCCUUUAACAUUUGGAGUGUCUGCCUUAGUGAUAAUAAUCGCCGUAGUUACAUUUAUAUUCGGUGAAAAGAUGUUCGUAAAAAAUGACACGGAACACAAAGCAUUCUCAAGAACGUUUGGAUGCAUAUACUACAUAUUAACCAAAAGAAUUACCCCGGGAAUAUCAAUUAACGGGCUCGACCACACUAAAGACAACAAGUACACCGACGACGAGAUAAUGGAUUCGAGGUUGGCUUUAAACGUGAUUACCGUGUUCACGACGUAUCCGGUGUUCUGGGCGUUGUACGAAUAUCAGAUAUCGCGGUGGAAGCUGCAGGCUACGCUGAUGAACGGCCGUUUAGACUUCUUGAAUUGGGCAAUCAAUCCCGAUCAGAUGCAUACCAUCACUCCGUUUUGCGCACUGCUAUUUCUCAUACGGUUUUACGGUACACUAAACCCGCUGUUGACGAAAAUCGGCAUCCGAAAACCAUUGCAGAAGCUCACAUUGAGCGGUUGUUUAGCGACCGUGGCGUUUAUUUUCUCGGCUAUGCUUCAAUUCGAAAUUCUCGGUAACAGCAAUAUUAUCCCUGCCGGAGAAGGACGCCUUAAUAUUUACAACGGAUUCGACUGCGACGUACACGCUCGUCUGCCGACAUUAAACAUCGACCAUACCAUACAACCCCUUGGAAUGAUGAACGUUAACUAUGCGCUAGUUUCUCGAGAAGACAUCGUUGAAAUCGUAUUACAUUUCGACCGGGAGUGCACUUUUGUUCCCGACGCUUUCGAAUUGAAUACUACCGUCACGGUUGCCGACAGACGGGAGAUUUCAUAUUACCUGACACGUUUAAACACAAAUACGAUUGGAUUAAACCGUGUAGGUAAUUAUGACAAUUAUGUAAAAAACAAACGUGGCAAUCCUAGCUUGAGGGUUCUGGUCGAUGGUAGUAUUGGUUUUGACAGUCAUAUUUCAUUUAACAGUAGUAAUGGAAAUUCAUACUCGUUUCCUUCAUCCCAACGAAUGUAUUUUAAUGAAGUAGCUAUGGGAAAAUACAAUUUAUAUUGGAAUGAACAAAUGUUGCCCUCGUCUAUGCAAAUGAUCCCGGCGACAUUUUACACAGUCACUUUACAAAAUAACGGCGAUAAAACGGAUGUAAAAGUUUUUACCAAAUAUGAAGGCGCUUAUUUCCACGUGCUUUGGCAGCUUCCACAAUAUGUCUUCAUGAUUUUAGCUGUUGUGAUUUUUGCAGUCACCACUUUAGAAUUUUCAUUUUUUGAGGCUCCAAUAAAUUUGAAGACGUUUGUAUUUGCAUUCGAUUUAUUAACCAUAGCAGUUGGUAACUUGUUAGUUAUUAUCAUAUCAGCUAUAUCAAUUGAAAAUCAGGCAUAUGAAUAUCUUCUUUAUUCUAGUCUCAUGUGUGCUGAUACGUUUUUAAUAGCCUAUUUUAGUGUUGUCUUUCGAAGUAGAUAUCAUUAGUAUAAUAAUACUAGCAAAAAAUAGAAUUGAACACUUGCCCAGGACGAGACAGAAAUAUAAACUCUUUGUAAUAGCUUUUUGAUAAAAACAAUGUUGUCAAUGUUUCAACUUGAUCAAAUUUGUGAAUUUAAUUCAUAUAAAUAUAUACGAUUUUAUAAAUAAUAUUGAAUAAAUUUAAUGAUAUAUUCUGAAUAA